GCGCAAUUUCCUCUUCCGGUAUAUAACUCGUCAUGCGUAUUUAAUCCCCUAUGAACACAUCCUAGCCGUCAGCCCUUCCAUAACAUCAACCUUGCUGCCGCUGUCGUCGCUUGAACGUCUGGACUUGCUGCUGUUCCCAGGAAGAGGCCGGGCGCGCGCACAUCUGUGAUCGGUACCCAAUCAAAGUGAAUAUCCGAGAUCAAACCUGACCUAUCAGUCAACACCCCGUAACAUCCUUCAACCCCCUCCCCCUUUCGUCUCACGCAGAGGCCGACUUCCUCAUGCCGGCUCAGCCCCCCGCACCACCCGUGCUCUACACGUUCCCCACGAAUGACGUCCUCGUCGACUCGUUGGCCAACUUUGUGGUCAAGGCUCAGAACGAUGCCAUUGACAAGCGGGGCAAAUUCAGUAUCGGACUGUCGAGAGGAAGUUUGGCGGCCAACUUGAGAGGACUGGUGGGACAACAAAAUGUCCGAUGGGAGAAGUGGGAAGUAUUCUUCGUCGACGAAGCGGCCGUGCCUCUGACGUCGGAAGACUCAAAUUACCAUUCGAAUUACCUCUCAUUCCUCUCCACUGUCCCCAUCCCUCCAUCCCAGAUCCACACCAUUGAUCCGUCUCUACUGGACAAUAUCGAAGAACUGGCCGACGAGUAUGAAAAGCAGCUGAUAGGUCACUUUGCCGCUUCCAACGCCGCUCGAUACCCCACAUUUGACCUCGUUCUCCUCGGUAUGGGUCCAGAUGGGGAGACGUGUAGUCUGUUCCCAGGACAUGAGCUGUUGGAAGAGAAGGACGCCUGGGUGGCGUAUCUCGAGGAUGCACCAAGGGGACCUCCCAAGAGGAUAACUAUGACGCUCCCUGUCUUGACGCACUGCUACCGUGCCGUGUUUGUGGUGUCAGGAUCAGAGAAGGCGCCGAUGCUGCAUACAAUCUUGGAUGAACCGCAAGCGGGUCUGCCCUGCUCCCGAGUCCAACCGGCGUGAGUCGAAAGAGGAGAACGAGCGCUGACGUUGCAGUGCCCCCGGUUUGGUCUUUUGGUUCGCCGACGCCGAAGCCGCGUCGCAAACCCAAUACCCGCCUACGACAUUUAGAUGGAUUGACAAUCAAAAGGAGGCCGAAGAGGCCGUCGAGGCGGCUCAGAAAAAGGCGGCGAGACGUGCAGCGGGUGAGCAGGAAUAGAGACAAACGUCUUCUGGCAGGACCAUAGAGAUUCUCGCUACAGUCAUG